AUGUCUACUACUACCGGAAAAACAAUUUCACUUCCUACAAUCAAUGAAGUUGAAGGAUAUAAGACAACGGAGGAUCUGAUAAAUUUUUUACGCGACCAAGAUAUAGGACUUGAGGAUAAGCAUUUCAAUAUUCUUCGUGAACAAGAAGUUGAUGGCGAAACUUUCCUUAGACUGAACGUGGAUAAACUAAUGCAAGAUGGUUUAAAACGAGGACCCGCUGAAAAAAUCUCGAAAUUGAUUGAAAAAAUUAAGGGCGAAGGACAGGCAGACGAGGGACCGCCGAGAAAACGCCCAAGGUUAAUUGAAGCUUUCGAUGGGAAGCAGGUUUUUGAUGAUUCAAAGUCUAUUGCAUGGGAUGACCAGGAAAAAAAUACCAGAACGGCAUUGCUCCAAGAUCACCCAAACGUAAUUGUAAAAGGCGGAUAUUCUCCGGGCGAAUCUGAUUUUUUUAAAUUCAUUACAUCAGGCGUUUUUGUGGACAAAUCACUUUUCAUUAUAGAAUUUAUGAUAUACAGUGAGCGGGCUAUACUUAUUACUCGCCCCCGUAGGUUUGGCAAAUCUACAAACCUUUCAAUGCUUUAUACUUUUCUCAAACCGGUUUCUGAACAAGAAAAAGAGCAGAAGCUUGCGUUGUUUAAAGACCUCAAAGUUUCUCAAUUCGAUUGGUUUAUGAAGUUGCACUUCGGCAAUUGGCCAGUUAUUUACGUUAGUUUCAAGGAUCUGGAUUAUGAGUCUUGGGAAUCAAUGCUGUGUUCCAUUAGGAAAAGAAUAUCAGAGCUAUACGACGAACAUCGUUAUAUUAUUGAUAAUAAGAAGCUUUAUCCAGACAAUGAAUCUUUAUUUAUAAACACUCUUGACGGAACAACAAACAAACAAUAUUUAAUGGCUGCUCUCUCCGAUCUAGCACGCUAUCUUCACAAAUACUUUGGCAAACAAACCAUUCUUCUCAUUGAUGAAUACGACUGGCCGAUGGAACAUGCAAGAAGUUUUUAUAACGAAGCUGAUAUUUUUUUUAAAUCCAUGUACUCUAGCGUUGCGAAGGACAACGGACACGUAUGCAAGGUUCUGUUUGUUGGACUGCUUCCUCUAGGCCAAGCAAGUUUCCUUUCUGGACUUAAUAAUGUUGUGCAUUGCCCAAUGCAUAAACUACCUGGUAUAUACGGCCGUGCCAAAUAUUCGGACAUGUUUGGUUUCACAGAGAAAGAAGUAGAGUUCUUGCUAAGUAAAAAUACUCAGAAAUUUGAACUCGGUAAUUUGCGCUACCACUAUAACGGAUAUCAAACGAGUACCGGUGUGCGUAUCUAUAACCCUCAUUCAAUUAUAUCGUAUCUAAAUGAGGGCAUCAUUGGGGAUUACUGGGCAAAUAGUGGUUCGACAGUCAAGGUUAAGAAAUGUCUAAAAAAAUGUAGCCAAAAUAUUGAAGAAGAGCUCCAGAGUUUUUAUUACUCAUUUUAUUCAUUACAAGAGGAUGAUUCAUAUGUUAAAGCGGAACUCAUACCACAUCUCCGAUACGACGUUCUCGAGAAUGAGCCAGAAAUAAAUAUGAUCUAUACAUUAUUAUGUUAUAGUGGCUACUUGACCAUAAGUUUUGAUGAUGAAUUCAUUAAUAAAGUUGAUAAACAAUGGGAGCUUACCGAAGCUAAACUUGUUAUACCAAACAGAGAAGUUGCUAAACAAUGGAAACGGUGGAUUAUCGAUUUCAUAGGCAUAAGUCAGCUGAAGACGAAUGACAUAUUCAACUCGUUAUUCAAGAAAGAUAUCAAGACGUUUUGCGAAAAAUUUCCCGCUCUUUAUAUGGAAAUAAUCUCUUGCUAUGAUAUUGGUGAUUCUAAAAGAGCCAAGUCAUAUGAGGGUUGGUACCAUACGUUUAUCCUUGGGGCACUUGCAAUGUUUCACGGUGAUGAUUACCAGGUCAUUUCCAAUCGUGAAAUUGGGAAAGGUCGUCCUGAUGUCCGCAUCAUCCCAAAUAACAAAAAAUUUAAUACUUGUAUCAUUUUUGAGUUUAAGCUUGCUGAAUCGGAAGACUGUGGAGAAAUGAGAAAGCUCGCUAAUAAGGGGCUAAAACAAAUUGCUGACAAGAAUUAUCGGUUAAAUACUGCAAGUCAUAUCGAAGUGAUAAUUGAGGUUGCCAUUGCCUUCUGUAAAAAAAGCACUUUCGUCUCUGCUCAACAUUUACAACGUAAAAAAGGUGGUAAACUUUCAACAGAUGCUUGGGAAAUUGUUUCAUCAGCUGAAUCGAGUUAA